AUGGAGGAGGAGGAGGAGGAGGCGCUUAAAAAGCAGCGAGAGAUGACGACGGUGAAUAAUGUUAAAAAGCAACAACCGACGAGGGUGGUAACGACGGGAGUCGCACAAACGCCAAAUAAUAAUACUAACAACACGCAGCAGCAGCAAACGAGAAAUCAGGAGCCGGGGUCGAUCGCGCAGCCAGAUUCGAACACGUUUAAGAACCACUACCAAGAUUUGGUGAUGCUGUACCGAACGCUGCACGAACGAGCGAAAGGACCGAAAACGCUGAAGAAAAGCUUCCUGGUGAGGAAUUUGAGGUACAUCAAACCGAAGAAAAGAAAGAGGAAAUCAACGACGACUGAGAUGAGUGCGGAGACGACAGAAAAGAAGAUUAAGAGUAACGAGAGGAGUAGGAGUAGGAGUAGAGGCGACGACGACGACGAGAGCGACAAAGACGAGAACGAAGAAGAGGAAGAAGAAGAAUCAGAGGACGAGAAGCAACCGAAAGACGAUCAAGACGUGAUGUUUCGAUACUUUUAUAAAGCCAAAGGCAUCGCGGAUUUGAGAGUGAGCGAGAAGACGGAGAGAGCGUACCGGGCGCGGUGUCCGUUUUGCAACCUCAAGCCGAGGAAUUUUAUCGGUUUGUGUCAACACCUGAACGCGUCGCACGAUCAGUUCUAUUUUACGUUUUUACCGGUGAACACGGUGCAGAAGAGGACGCUGACGGAUCCGAACAGAAUGUACGUGGCAAAAUCGGAAGACAGAGUGGUGACCAUGAAUACGAUCGAAGUGAGGAUUAAGAAGACGUCGUUCGUGAUGUGCGAGAACGGACAGGACAAAUUGAACAUGUUAGACGCGACGCUGUUGAAAGACCCGGCGAAUAAAUCGUUUGAGUUCUUUAGCGGAGGAAAAUACCAGAAAGUUGGAACGAAUAAAGUAAUUUUACCGGCGAUUGGGAACUUGGCGCCGACGAAUACGUCCAGUCAAGACGUUCAGAGUAAAACGCACGGGUGGGAGAACGAGUUGGCGAUUUUGAAGAUAAAGUUGAACGAGGAGAUUAGGAAUAAGCAGUUGCAGAAACAAAAUGAGAUGCAGCUCAAAAGCAUCGAGGAGAAUAUCUCGCAAGUUGCGAAGAAAGCGGCGUUGAAAGAGAAAGAGCACAAGAGAGGGUGGGAGGAGAAUCCAUUCGCGCAGUUUUUUACUCCGCAUUAUUACGACCAGAUUUCCUUGGACAAAGCGGCGGCAGUUUUGAACGGAGAAAAUGCAGAGGAACACGUGAAGGAUUUUUACAACAGUCAAAAGAGGAUGUUUGGGAACGAUAUCAAUUUAACCAAAGUUGUUCGCGCGGCGAAAGAAAGAGUGCAAGCGGAAAAUAGAGCCACGGCGGAAUUGGGACAGUUUCACGUCGGCGCGCCAGAACAGCAACAGCGCUUGUUGCAACAGUGGAGCCAUUCGAACAACGUGAAACUACAAGGAGUGGGAGUUAAAAGGAAUCGCGAAGAAGGUGGCGACGGGAGAGAAGAAGAGUUUCCUCUCGGCUACGCCGCUUCGGAGCAGUUGAUACGUCAAAGACUCGCGAAAGAGGCUGAACAGAAAUAUAUAGAGAAGAGGAUAAAAAAGGAAAAAUCGAAACUGGAAAAGAGGAAAUUUGCUUCCCAAGGCGAGCUCGAUAAGGCGGCGAGUCAGAAGAAAAAUUUUCGUCAAUCAGCGCAGUACCAAGAAGUUGUCGCCACGAAGAAGACGACGAUUCAAGAGACGGGCUCGAGAAAAUCAUUCGCCAUCGGCGGUCGGUAUUACCACUCGCGAACGUGUUUACCCAUGAGCAAGAAAAUUUUCAAAACGGAAGACAAAUCUACCAUUCCCGAUUCCGACGACGACGAGAGGGAGCAGGAAGAAAUGUGGGACAAAGAAGACGCGCUGUUUAUAGACGAAUACGUGGACGUGGCGCAAGUCGAGAAAGAUUUCUUUAGAAUGUGGAACAAACACGUGCGUAAAUAUUGCGCCAUGGCGAACAGGCAAAUGCCAGACUGCACGAGUUCGUUCAUGUACGUUCACAAAGAAAAGCUGGUGAAAGACCGCCAGAUGAGAAAGUUGUUUCAUUUACACCUGAUGAACAUGUACGAUUUUGGUGUGUUAUCCGGGAAAGUGAUUCAAGCGCUCGUGGCGAAGAUGAACGAGCUCAGAUGCGAGUCCGAGAAUCACGCACCUAAUUCCAAACUCCUUUCUGAAAAAGAAGAGGAUACGCAAUCAGCAGAGAAAGCUCCUCCUGCGGUGGUUGAAGCGAUCGAAAUAAAAAACUAG